CCUACCCAAGUACGGAGCGGGCCUACCCAAGUACGGAGCGGGCUACCCAAGUUCAGGACCCUGUCGGACCCAAAGUACUGUGGCAAGAUGCAGAUCCUUCAGCAACUGUUGGAUGUGUUCCAGAAACAGAAAAAGAAAGUUCUGGUCUUCUCUUUCUACACAAAGUUGUUGGACAUCAUUGAGCAGUUCUUGAUGAGUACAGGAGAAGUUUACACCCGCCUGGACGGAACCACCAGAACUUCUGACAGGCUACGGAUCGUCAAGGACUUCAACUCCAACCCAAACAUCCUGAUCUGUCUCGUCUCCACCACGGCUGGUGGCUUGGGGUUGAACUUCACGGGCGCGAGUGUGGUCAUCCUCUUUGAACCCACCUGGAACCCGGCCAAUGACCAGCAGGCGCAGGACAGGGCGUACCGGAUCGGUCAGCGCCAGGACGUCCGCGUGUACCGGCUGGUAACCAUGGGAACCAUCGAGGAGAACAUGUACCUGCGCCAGGUGUACAAGCAGCAGCUGUCCGAGAUUGCAGUUUCCGACAAAACUGCUAGGAGAUAUUUCACGGGAGUAGCAGGCAGGAAGGACCAGCAGGGCGAGAUUUUUGGCAUCAGUAACAUGUUCGCCCUGCGGAUGGAGACCUCAUGUCUGACCAGGGACCUCAUCAGCCGGGUCGACCAGAUAGAGGGCGGACUGAAGAUCACCAAGUUUGUUAAGCCCAAGGAGAGGAAGAGGACAGAGGAGGACGGCAUCUGGGAAGAAGAGGAAGAGGAGGAUAUGGAGGAAAAUGAAGAGCAGGAAGAUGAGGAUGAGGAUGAGAGGAUGGAGCAAGAUGAGGAUGCAGAGAAGGAAACUGAUGCAGGAAGCAGCAGGAAGAGACGCCAUGACUCAAGGGAGGAGGCACAGGACAGAGACCCCUUCAGCAUGCACACCCUCGCCAGCCAGCUGCUACCUGAGGAUGACGUUGACAUGGCAACAGUUGGCAUGGCAACAGAGCAGAAGACCACACCUAGCAACAGGCUCUCCACUUCCUCAGAAAGCGAAGUAGAUGAUUCAGAUGCUGUAACAUCAAAAAGGAAAAGCAAAAUUGUAACUACUGGUCACAACAGGAAAAAGGAUGACAAGAAGAACACCAACAGGCUGUCCACUUCCUCAGAAAGCGAAAACAGCGAUGCAGACACUUCAAAAUCAGCAGCAAAAAGGAGAUUAAGCAAAAUGAAAACCAGUCUCAGCAAGAAAAAAGAUGAGAAGAAGAAAACAGCCAAAUGUUCAAGAAGUAGAACGUCUACUAGACAGUCGUUUGGGGAAGACAUUGCAGAGUUUUCCUCCUCUGAGUCUGAUUCAGCCCCACCUCGAGCAAAGAGGAAGACAGGGAAGUUAGAAGUUAAGGUUGUAAAAGGGAAGAACGUUGCCAGAAGGAGGUCGGUGUCUUCGAGAAGAGCUGUACGAGGAAGGAAAGGGAAGAUUGCGAGGACGGUGUCUGAUGUCUUCAGGGAGUGUGGAGUAGCGUACACCCACAGGAGUGAUAAGGUUGUUGGAGGCAGCAAGGCAGAAGCCCACAUGAGCCACCGAGCCAUGGAGGAUGUGUAUGAGCUGCACCAGUUCUCACAGCAGCCGGCUAACUUUGCUGCUGAGUUCCAGGAUGUAUUCCUUUUGGAGCCCUGA